UCAUACAUUUACAUGUAGUAUUUUUGUCAUUCAAGAAAGAAGGAAAAACACAAUGAAUGUAGAAGAAGAGGUGGAGCGACUCAAGGAAGAAAUCCAGAGACUUGGCCAGAUCCAACCUGAUGGUUCUUACAAGCAAAACUAUAUAAUAUCCGUUUGUGAUGUGUUCAAGGUCACAUUUGGGGUGUUAUUUAAUGAUGAUCGAUGCGCAAACAUCUUUGAAGCACUAGUUGGGACACUAAGAGCAGCAAAGAAACGAAAAGUUGUUACAUAUGAUGGUGAAUUAUUGCUCCAAGGAGUUCAUGACAAAGUGGAAAUUACACUCAAAGCUACUCCAGCCUAGAGCAGCAACUAAUGCAGUUCUAAAAAAAUAAAUUGCAAUUAUGGUUUUGCAGCAAAAGUUUGAUGGAUAUUCUAUGUAUUCUUUUUUAAUGUUAAUCGUGUUUUAAAUCUUGUUUCAGCAUAAGUACAUGUACUUUUGAAUACUCUUCUAUAAGAUUUCCGGUGUGUGUAUACCUAGAUUUGUAUGUGUUUUCUUUUGGUUAUGUUCAAA